AUGGCCUCCUCAAUUUAUCGCCUCGGAAACCUCAGCCCUCAGGCAGUUGCGGGGAUCCUUUGCUCACUGCCGUUGGCUGCGGGCAUGUUCUACAUCCUGUCUGCGAAGACUGGGAUCUUCGCCUCGCGCCCUCGAGGCUAUCUGAACGAGACAAGCCUUGUGCUGCUUCUCUGCGUCGUCAUUGGAUCUUGGACAGUACCCUGCCACUGCGAGUCCGAUCCAGAAGCAACUGCUUCACUGAUCCCGGAUGGCCAUGUUUGUCGUGACGCCGUACAUAACAGACAAGGCGAAGGGAUGAAUUAUGGUGCAACUACGCAAGAAAGCGAUCCCUCACAGAAUAAUCUUUGGACACGUCAGCCUAGAAAGAGACCACCAAUGGGAGCAGUUUCGAGCAGACGAUUGCAACCACAUUCGGCUCUACAAGGUAUUGAAGAGGAGGUUCAAGCAGAAGAUACGAAUGAUAUUGUUGGGAAUGAUCAUGAACAAAGCCUUGGAGAUGAAAUACCAGCUUUGCGCAUUGCCAAGCUGCGUCACAAGCUUAUCAACCGCAAAGCCCAGCACGUAGACCAAGGUGAAGUGCAACAUAUUCAGUCUGUCGGUCAUUCCUCAGAUAUCAGUUUGCAAGGCAAGAAACCGUUCCGAAGGGGUGAGUGGAAGCCUGACGCACCCGAAUUCAUUCCUAUUGCGCAGCAACGCAUCGUCAUGCAGCAGGUCGACGGAAACAGGAAUCAGCAAACCGAGCCUCAGCAUGUUUUGGGCCUAAAGGAAGUACAACAGCAAGGCGUAGGUGGAGAGCGGGUUUUGCCGAGGACUGUCAACUCAAAGAUGGCGAAGAGUGCUGUUCCAAGCUUCACCAUUACCGAUGAGAACGAGAGUCCCAGGCCUGCCGCAUCCACGAAGCGUCGGAACCAUGCAGCUGAAGGUGGCAAUAGUCAAUCCACGACUGGAUCACAGCAAGCAAGCGACAGGGUCAUUAUCGCGUACCCGAAGAAAGCACGAAAGAGAGGGAAAAGGUCGAGGAAGGAGGCCAUUAGUCGUAGAAAGGGAACGAAAAGUGAGCCUGCAGGCAUCGGCUUGACUACUGAUAUCGAUCACUCCUGA